AUGCUCUCUUCCGGUCUCUGUCUGCUUGCUUCACUGUUCUCGACUCACUUGUGCCAGCUUUCCCUCUCUGCAUCGAUUCCGGCGCGAGGUCCACCUCUUCCAAGCACAACGCUGCGUUUAUCCGCGCUGGACUGGAGUCUUACGAAUGCAAACCGAUCGAUCAAAGUACCGACUCCAUAUCUGAACCAACCACACCUAGCACUGAUUAAUGCUGGCUUGAUUUCUGAUCCUAAUGUCGGAUUGAAUGAAGGCACAACACGAUGGGUCGGUGAAGAGAAAGCUUGGACUUGGGAAACCAGAUUCGAAAUUGGUAAUGAUCAGGGAUGGCAGGCUGUCAACAAUUUUUAUCUCGUAUUCCAAGGUUUGGAUACUUAUUGUGACGUUCUACUGGAAGAUGACAAAGUCGGAUCAACCGAUAACGCUUUCAGGAGCUGGGUUUUUGAUGUGACCGAUGUUAUCAAAAAACAUGGGCACAAAUCUAUCACCAUGAGGCUCACGUUUGCUUCGGCAUGGGCUACUGCUACGCGUCUAGCGAAUCAGGCAGACCACAUUUGGUUUCCACGAGGCUCGACCAGCACCGAUGGUAAAAGACGAGCCCCAACUAUUCUGCAGUUCGAGUACAGCAACCGCAAUUGGGCUCGUAAGCAGCAAUCAGAUUUUGGAUGGGAUUGGGGUCCUGCAUACCUUCCUUCCGGCCCGACUCAGCCCGCCUACUUGAUCGGUCUGGCCAAAGCCGGAGCUCAAAAGACCAAAGAAGUAAGUUUGGAUCAGCAUGGAAGAAAGUCGGCUAGACCGAAGAACUCCAAUAUCAAUCAUCGCAGUGGGAUAGUGUUGCCAAUUGAAAAGAGGCAAAAGAUGCUGGACAACUUCGAUGUUCGUGACACGGAAUCUGCGCCCCUACUAUGGGUCCACAGGUCUCUAAUCGACAUCUAUCGUCAAGGGCAACGGAACAACCUCCCCCCAAACCAAAGCGCACCAUGGGUAGUCAACAUUACCCUACCAAUUACAUCGCCAGGAGCUCUGGCAGGUAGCAAGCCGAUGUUGUCCGCCAGUUUUCCUGGGACAUCGAUACACCUUCCCGCGAAACAGCUCACUCUACUCCACCCCGCCAAGUACCACACGUUUGGCCCAGAUUUCUUUUGGACGGCCGAGUUCAUUAUCCCAUCCGAAGCUGUGGAGCUCUGGUAUCCUAGCACUCUAGGGAGCCCAAAGCUUUAUGAUCUAAAGUUGACAUUGGAAUUCCCUAGUCAACGUGCAAUUUCCCACAAGGAAAGUGCUCCCAUUACCAAGUUGACCUGGUUUGAACGAGUAGGAUUUCGAACUAUCCUGGUCAACCAAAGUAGAUACACGGCCCAAGAAAUCUCUCGAGGUAUCCAACCUGGCACUCGAUUUGCAUUCGAAGUCAACGGGAAGCCGUUCUAUGUUCAAGGCUCGAGUAUGAUUCCGAUCGACACCUUUGCAGCUCGCAUCAACACCACCACUAUCCGCUGGCUCGUUGAAUCCUCUCUGUUAGCGCACCAAAACGUCAUUCGAGUUUGGGGUGGGGGAGCUUAUCAGACAGAUGAGUUUUAUGAUGCAAGUGGAGAAGGGUACCUAAUGGAUGUCAGGAAAACUUGGUCAAAUGGAUCUGUUUAUUUUGAUCAAUAUGAUUACCUGAACAACCACGUGAUACGAGAUCUUGUUCUCCAAAACACCCGUUCCGCAUCUUAUAUUCCAUCUUCUACUACGCAAGGCUACCUUUCGCUGGAGCCAUAUGUCUCCAGGUAUGAUGCGUCUACCAAGGGGGAAUUGUAUGGCGACCAAGAGCAUUAUAACUACGACACCUCAGCUAGCUUUGAUGUUUCUUCAUACCCUGUGGCUCGGUUUGUCAAUGAGUUUGGAUUUCACUCGCUACCAUCGAUUUACACUUUGGACCGUAUUCUCAACUCACUCGGAGCCUACAAUUUCAAUUCCUCCGUGAUCCGUGCUCAUAACAAAGUAAGGCUUCUCUGCCCAAACUCAUUAUGCGAAAUUAUUAUUGAGCCACAAUUACAGCAUCCACCUGCGGGAUCCCUCAAAUAUCCUUGGCCAGUAGAUGGUGGUCAGUAUGAGCUCACGACAGGGGUGACCAGACACUAUCCAACCCCCAAUAUUACCGGUGAUGCUCGCGCUCUUCUAGCACAGUGGGCCUACACCACUCAAGUUUUUCAAGCUGCUUUUAUGGCUUCUCAAAUUAGUUACUAUCGGUUGGGCGCCAGCCGGAAAGAGAACAACAUGGGCGCGGUUUAUUGGCAGUUAAACGAUAUCUGGGAGGGAACUAGUUGGUCAUCGAUCGAAUAUACCGGCCGAUGGAAGAUCUUGCAUUAUCUUGCAGAGCGUGUUCAAAGCCAUGUCAUAAUAUCACCGAUAUAUCAUGUGACGGAUAAGACUCUUGAUAUUUAUGUUACUUCCGAUCUUUGGGAGGUUGCUCGAGGCACCGUGCAACUGACUUGGUACGAUUUUGCCGGUCAUCAGCUUUCUAAGGCCUCAAAAGAUUUUUCAGUCGAUCCGCUCAACUCAAGACACCUACUGCGAUCAUCCGGCCUAUCCGAAAUCGUUCCUAAGGGACAUCCACCUAAUGACGCAUGGCUACACCUUACUCUCAAAACUGAUGACGGAAAGUAUACAAAUGAGCAAUUCUUUCAUCCUGUCGAGCUGAAAGAUUGUCGUCUCAGGCCCACAAAGGUUCUAAAUCGCCCUGUUGGACGUAAUAAGAUCUCUUUAGAAGUUGCUCAAGGUGGAGUCGCUGCUUGGGUGAACGGUAAGCUGAUUAUUGGCUGGCCUGUUUUGGAUUUGAGAUCUCUUAAAAUUGAUCAAAACCUGAUCUAA